AUGGUUGAUACAACAAACAUUACACAUAAAAUAGUGUUAAUUUUAAAAUAUUAUUUUGCAUAUUGUUUUGUUGCUUCAGUAUUUCUUCAAAUUACCAUUCUACUAAUAAUGGAUGUAAUUUGUUUACCUCUUUACUUUAUAUAUAGACCAAUUUAUCAGUGGAUAUUCCAACGAGUAACGGAAGUAUAUAUGAUGUAUUUUCCAUUAAUAUUUUAUUAUAUAAUAGGUAAUAGAAUUAUUGAAACAGGUGAUGAAUUAAUUCCAAAUGAAAAUGCACUUUUCUUAUGUAAUCAUACACACUUUUAUGACUUUCUUCCAAUAGUUAUUGAAGCACCACGCUGUGGUAGAAUUGGUGCGAUGAGAUUUUUUAUGAAAGAAGAAAUAAGUAAAAUACCAUUAGUAGGAUUUGGAUUUUAUAUGAUGGAUAGUGUUUAUUUAAAAAGAAAUUUCCAAGAUGAUAAACCUUAUAUUCUUGAAACAUUCAAAAGAUUCAGAAAUAAAUAUUACCCUUUUUGGUUAACUAUUUAUCCUGAAGGUACUCGUGUAAAACCUCAAAAAUUAAUAGAAUCUCAACAAUACUGUAAAGAUAAUAAUAUUCCAAUUUAUGAAAAUUUAUUACAUCCACGUCCUACUGGUGUUAUUGUUACUUUACAACAACUUAGAAAUGUUAUUCCUUAUGUUUAUGAUAUUACGUUAGGUUAUCCUGUAAAACCAUCACCAUCUUGUUGUUUCUUCCCAGGAGAAGGAAUUACAAUUCAUAUGAAUAUUCAUAAAAUUAAUGUCAAAGAUAUUCCAGAAGAUGAAGAAUCAUUAAAACGUUGGUUAGAUGAUUUAUGGGUAGAAAAAGAUAAAUUAAUGAGUUAUUUUAAAGAACAUAAAGAAUUCCCAGGAGAACCUCGUAAGCCACCAUUUAAAUUUACUUGGGCAGAUUUUACUGGUUAUAUGACACCAGAAUGUUUUACAAAACCUUAA